AUGGCUACAACACUGAUCCAGUGUGGCUCCUCACAGGUACCACAUUACUGCGCAGGAGAAAGGCCUGGCAAUCUACUUCCGGAAGAUCAAAUCAGAUAUAUCAUCAGACUAGGAACUUGGAAUGUACGAACCAUGAACCAAGGCAAACUCGACAUUGUCAAAGCCAAAAUGGACAGAACAGGACUUGAUUUACUCAGAAUUAGUGAACUAAAGUGGACUCAAUCCGGACAUUUCCAGUCAAACGAACAUUGGGUCUACUAUUCUGGAAAUGAUAACCAAAGACGAAAUGGCGUUGCCUUUAUUCUUAAUCAAAGACUGGCCAAUACUGUCCUGAAGUACAACACAGUCAGCGAUAGAGUCAUCUCGAUACGACUACAAGGAGCACCAAUCCAUGUCACAGUCAUACAAGUCUACUCACCAACAACAGAUGCCAAGGAGGAGGACGUUGAACUAUUCUAUGAACAAGUUCAAGAGGAAAUUGACAGGACGCAAAAUCAAGACUUACUCAUUAUCAUGGGAGAUUUUAAUGCCAAAGUGGGCCAUGGCAAACAAGGAACUGUUGUUGGAAAGUUUGGACUUAGCAAACGAAAUGAAGCUGGAGAAAGAUUAAUUGACUUUUGUACAAAAAAUCAACUGUCCAUCAUGAACACUUUCUUUCAACAUCACAAAAGGAGACUCUACACAUGGACAUCACCAAAUGGGGCCUAUAAGAAUCAGAUUGACUACAUAUGUGUUCGCCAAAGAUGGAGGUCGUCUAUCAUUACCGUGAAAACACAGCCAGGAGCUGACUGUGGAACUGAUCAUGAACUUUUAACAUCAAAAAUUAGAGUCAAGCUGCACAAACGG